AGUUUAGACCUGAAAAGGUUUCACUCUCAGUUUUAGCUUCAUUUUCUAAAUAAACCAGAACUUCUCCAGAUGGUUCUGAGGAGAUCAGCCAGCAGACAUCAGGAGGUGCAUGAAGUAGUGAAGGAGAGGACAAUCCAGACCCAGAUGGUACCUGCUGAACUCAGGCUGACUGAAGUCCAGAAGAUGGAGGACUGUGAUCUAAAGGAGGACAGAGCAGAACCUCCAGGAUCCAGCUGUCCAUCUAUGAGGAGUGACCGGUCCAGAAAUAAACCUCCAGACUUCAGUGAAGAACCUGGACCCUCAGAAUGGAGUAAGAGGAGCAGCGUUGGUGAGGAGGAGCAGCAGUCCUGCUGUGCUUUGUGUCAGAAGGUCCUGGUGGAUCCGGUCUCUACCAGCUGUGGACACUGGUUCUGCAGACAGUGCAUCACAUCAUACCAGGUCCAGUCUGCUCCACCAGGACCCUCCUCCUGCCCCCAGUGUGGGAAAAGACCCAGAGGAGGAGCUGGACUGCUGGCAGCCAAUCAGAGCAGCUGUGCUCCAGGUAAAAUGGCAUCAGGUAUGAUUGAAAGGGCUGCUCUCGGUCGACCCUUUACCUUGGGGAUGCUCUACGAUGCUCGUAAAGAUCAGCUCAUCCUAGGUACCACACUCUGGGAUGACAAAACUCUCCAAAAGAUGACUGAAGAGAACUCCCAGCAUGGCAGUGAGUUUAGAAUCAGCGCUUCUGAUUCCUUGGAGGAGAAGUUCUCUCUGCUGGACGUCAGUGACUCUCUGAAGACCAGCUUCCUGGGUGGUCUGAUUGAAGUUGGGGGAUCUGCGAAGUAUCUAAAUGAUCAGAAGAAGUCCAAAAAUCAAAGCAGAGUCACAUUUCAGUACAAAGCUACCACAAUUUUCAAACAGCUGAAAAUUUCUACUGAGGAAAUGAACAAAACGCAGCAAAUUGGUGUUAAUGUGAAGAGCUGUGCCACGCAUGUUGUCACCGGCAUCUCUUAUGGUGCAAAUGCUUUCUUUGUGCUGGACAGUGAGAAGUUAGACGCGAGCAGUGCUCAAGACAUUAAAGGCAACAUUCAAGCUGUGAUAAAUAAGAUUUCUAGUUUAAGUGCAAGUGGGGAAGCUGACCUAAAACUGUCUGAUACAGAAAAGGCGGUGACAGAAAAAUUCACCUGGAAGUUUUACGGAGACGUGAUUCCUGAAAGCAACCCUGUGACAUUUGAAGAAGCAGUGAAAUCGUACAGAAAAGUUCCAGAACUUCUUGAAAAGAACAAAGAAAACACCGUCCCAGUAAAAGUCUGGAUGAUGCCACUGAAGAACUUUGAUCCGUCAGCAGCUGAGAUGGCCACUGAUCUCAGCCCUGGUCUUGUGAGAAAAGUUCAAAAAGCCCGGGAAGAUUUCCACAAACUCAACAUCAGAUGCAACGAUUGUCUUGAAGGCAGCUUUGGGUUCCCAAAGAUCAAAGAAAGGUUGGAGAGUUUUCAACAACAGUGUAAAAUCUAUGAAGGGAAACUUCUGGAUGUGAUUGCAAAAAAGAUUCCGUCCAUCAGGGCAGGAGAAGAAGAUGAGAAGGAGUUGUUGAAGAUCCUGGAUGACAGUGAAAAGUCUCCUUUUAGUAGUGAGAAUCUAAUGAAGUGGAUGAUUAAUAUUGAGAGAGAAGUCAGUGUAAUCACUUCGUGUUUAAAGCAAAUGAAGGGAGCAAAGAUAGUCCAAAGUGAGGCAGAGUUGGUGGAGGAGUUUCUUAAUCCUGAAGUCCAGGAUGUCCUCAGCUUUGUUUUCACUUCUCUGGAAACUACAGAUCCUUAUCUUGAUAAAAUGAAGGACUACCUGGAUUCUCAGGCUAUGAAGGCUUCUGAGGACAUGGAUCAAUCCAUAAACAACCUAAUACCCUUCCCACAAGCAGAUUUACUUAAAAUGACAAGAAAAGCUGAAGAAUUUGGAACAUUUGUUAAAGGUUUAAAGAACAACAAGAAGUUCAGAUUCCUUGUAGCGGCCAUAAAAAAUAAGCAGCAUGAAGGAGCAACCAUCUACCACUACAGGAAUAAAAGGUGGAUCACGGAAGACUUCUCCAAACCAGAUGUCUGUGAUGUGGAAAAAGCAACAGAUAGAAGAGAUCUGAUUUGGUAUGCUUGUGAUCUGACCUUUGAUCCAGACACAAUAAAUGGACAUCUUACUCUUUCUCAAGGAAACAAGAUGUUGAAGAAUGGAGAUCGGCAGUCCUAUCCUGAUCACCUUAAGAGAUUUGAUGUUUUAAAUCAGGUUCUGUGUCAGGAGUCACUGACUGGACGCCAUUACUGGGAGGUGGAGCUGAGCACCGAUGAAGGCAGAGAUGCUGCUGCUGCUGUGUGUUACAGAGGAAUACAGAGAAAGUCGGACUCAGCAUGGGCUGGGAUUGGAUGGAAUACCCUGAGCUGGUCAUUGGGCCACAAGUGGGAACCCAAGCCGGUUUUGUAUGCUGAGCAUAACUCAAGUGUAAAUUUUUACCCUCUACCACACACUGGUUGCGCACGCCUAGGAGUUUUUCUGGACUGGCCUGGAGGCACUUUGUCCUAUUACAUAGUCGCAGAGGAUAAACUGAGUCACAUUCACACUUUCCACACCAGAUUCUCAGAGCCUGUGUACCCAUGUUUCAAGAUCUGUAGUAAAAACAGUUACAUCCUCCUGUGUUUCUAAACGUUGAGUUAGAAGAUUCAAUCCAGACCCAGAUGUUCAUAAUAAGGGAAUAUUUUUGGAAAGGGUAUUUUUUUGGCAAUUGAAUGAGAUAACAAAUCAGUUUAUUACAAAACUGACUGAACAAUAAUAUAUUGAUGACCGUAAAAUAAUAUAAAGAAUCAAAAAUAAACUGGCUUAAGAUAAGAUUUUCUAGUCCCGUGUGUGGACCGAUGCAGUCCAUGGUGAGCAACUGUCUAAUCGAUAAAAAUCUGUUGUGAAAGAUUUCCAAUUCAGGUCUGAGUUCCUGUUAAGUAUCUCGUUAACAGGGAGUUACAUCAAUAGAGUAUGUUCACACUGAAUGUUUGAACUAGGGAGCAGUGGGUAGCAUGACCCAUGUAUGGAGGCCUUAGUCCUCAACGUGGUCGACCCGGGUUUGACUCCGACUCGCGGUCCUUUGCAGCAUGUCUCUCCUUCUCUUCCACCCCAUUCCUGACAGCCUACUGUGUCAAAAAGCGAGCCACUAGAGCCGCGAAGAACCCCCCCACCCAAUAAAAAUAAUGUUUGAACUAAAGUUAAGUGUAAAAAUAAAUUAUAAUGACGCUGUGAUUAAAACCCUGGAUGGCAGCCUAUUUGACUACACUUAUUUUAAAAAUACACAUUUAAUUCUUGGUGAUUGGGUCUAAUAGCUAAACUGAUGUACUUUUUACCCUUCCUGUUCUGGAUCUCAGAGAAUAGACUUUAAAAUCCUUCUGUUAGUCUAUAAAUCCCUGAAUUAGCACCUAAAUCCA